CCACAAUGCAAGUGAAGAAGUACCUGCUGAAGUGCCUGCACCGGCUGCAGAAGGGCCCUGGCUACACGUAUAAGGAGCUGCUGGUGUGGUACUGCGAUAACACCAACACCCAUGGCCCCAAGCGCAUCAUCCGUGAGGGGCCUAAGAAGAAGGCCAUGUGGUUCGUGCUCACCCUGCUCUUCGCCUCCCUGGUCUGCUGGCAGUGGGGCGUCUUCAUCAGGACCUACCUGAGCUGGGAGGUCAGCGUCUCCCUCUCCAUCGGCUUCAAGACCAUGGACUUCCCGGCCGUCACCAUCUGCAAUGCCAGCCCCUUCCAGUACACCAAGGUCAGCCAUCUGCUCAAGGACCUGGAUGAGCUGAUGGAAGCAGUCCUAGACAGGAUCCUGGCCCGAGAGCCGAGCCAGAGCAAUGCCACCCGGGCCCUGAACUUGGCCAUCUGGAACCACACACCUCUAGUCCUUAUCGACGAGCGGAACCCCCACCACCCCGUGGUCCUCGAUCUCCUUGGGGACAACCACAAUGGCUCAGCCAGCAGCAGCCUGGCACCAGGAGAUGUCUGCAAUGUCCACGGGUGCAAAAUGGCCAUGAGACUAUGCAGCAGAAAUGGGACCGUGUGCACCUACCGGAACUUCACCAGUGCCACCCAGGCCGUGACGGAGUGGUACAGCCUGCAGGCCACCGACAUCUUCUCGCAGGUGCCGCGGCGGGAGCUGAUGCAGAUGGGCUACCCCGCCGAGCGGCUGAUCCUGGCCUGCCUGUUCGGGGCAGAGCCCUGCAGCCACAGGAACUUCACCACCAUCUUCCACCCUGAUUACGGCAACUGCUACAUCUUCAACUGGGGCAUGACGGAGAAGGCGCUGCCUUCAGCCAACCCAGGCGCUGAGUUCGGCCUCAAGUUGAUCCUGGACAUAGGCCAGGAGGACUACGUGCCCUUCCUGACGUCCACGGCCGGCGCCCGGCUGUUGCUGCACGAGCAGAGGUCGUACCCCUUCAUCAAAGACGAGGGCAUCUACGCCAUGUCGGGGGCCGAGACGUCCAUCGGGGUGCUGGUGGACAAGCUGGAGCGCAAGGGCCAGCCCUACAGCCAGUGCACCGUCAACGGCUCCGACGUCCCCAUCCGCAACCUGUACAGCAGCUACAACACCACCUACUCCAUCCAGGCCUGCAUCCGCUCCUGCUUCCAGGACCACAUGAUCCACAACUGCAGCUGUGGCCACUACCUGUACCCGCUGCCCCCGGGGGAGAAAUAUUGCAAUACCCGGGACUUCCCAGACUGGGCCUAUUGCUACUCCAGCCUGCGCCGGAGUGUGGCCCAGAGGGAGACCUGCAUCGGCCUGUGUAAGGAGUCCUGCAAUGACACCCAGUACAAGAUGACCAUCUCCAUGGCCGACUGGCCUUCCGUGGCCUCCGAGGACUGGAUCUUCCAUGUCUUGUCUCAGGAGCGGGAUCAGAGCACUAACAUCACCUUGAGCAGGAAGGGAAUCAUGAAGCUCAACAUCUACUUCCAAGAAUUCAACUAUCGCACUAUUGAGGAGUCAGCAGCCAACAACAUCGUCUGGCUGCUCUCGAACCUGGGCGGCCAGUUCGGCUUCUGGAUGGGGGGCUCCGUGCUGUGCCUCAUCGAGUUCGGGGAGAUCCUCAUCGACUUCAUGUGGAUCACGGUCAUCAAGCUGGUGGCCCUGGCCAAGGGCCUGCGGCGGAGGGGCAGCCAGUCGCGCUAUGCCCGCCCGCCGCCCACCGUGGCCCAGCUCGUGGAGGCCCACACCAACCUCGGCUUCCAGGCCGACGCGGCCGUCCGCGACCCCGGCCCCGAGGAGCAGACCCUGCCCAUCCCGGGCACCCCGCCCCCCAACUAUGACUCCCUGCGCCUGCAGCCCCUGGACGUCAUGGAGUCUGACAGCGAGGGGGAUGCCGUCUAGACCC